AAAAAAAUAGAUAAAAAAAAGCCUUCUCACAAGCACUAUUUACAGUUACGAAAAAAAAAAAGACGAAAUCAAAUCAAAAGAGAGGUUAAUGGAGCGAUCAAGCGAUCCCCAUCACUCCACCGCCGAUCUCCUCUCUUGGUCCCAGAUCCACCACUCCUCCUCCGCUAACCCCUCCAACCAGCCGUCUGAUGACAUCGGCGACGUCCUUGGCGGUGGUGGUAGAACCACCAACAAGGAAGCCGAAUCGCUUAACAAGAAUGUAUCAUACAGGAAGAACUGUUGUGGUCACAAGCUAAAGGAAAUGACUGGUAGUGAUAUCUUCUCUGAUAAUGGUAACGUUACUAACAACGCUUAUCCAAGCCACACUUCAAGAAUCCAUUACCAUCAUGAUCAGGUAACUUCUUAUUUAUACUCUUCCCAUGGUGGAUUCAUUCAUUCAGAAAUGGUUGGUUUACUUUUUUUUUUGCAGGAUAGUCAGAUAUCUUUCAGCGGCGGCGAAGACAACGCUGCUGUGACGACUCCUAAGAAACCUACAACCUCUUCUGCUAAGCUUAAGGAGUUGGGCAGGUCUGUACAAACACAGGCUGACUCCAAGAGCAAAAAGAAGCAGAGCAAAGCAACCAUCUUUGCAUCUCCUUCUCCUCCUGCAAUAAAACAACAAGUUAAAGGAAACAACAACAUGGAGGAAUCUGCUAAAGCCUCCAAUGGGCAAAGCCGUAACGGUGAAGAACAUGUUGUGAAGUCAUCAGGGAAGGGACACAACAACCCCAAGUUUCAGCAACUCACGAGCAACGGUAUCUUCAAAUCCGAUAAGGUCCCUCCUGGCUAUUCGGAGAAGAUGCACAGCUCGGCUAAAUCGCGGGAGAUGAGGGGAAACAAUAUAUUUUCAGACGGCAAGUCUGAGUAUAGGGAUUACUAUGGUGGCGCCAGGAGGCCUCCGGGUGGUGAGAGCAGCAUUUCGUUGAUCUAAAAAUGAGUUCCAAGUUUUAGGUUUCGUAGGGUUCUAGUUUUCCUAAAGAUGCUGUGACCAAAGUGGUUUGUGUUCGUGUGGUGUCUCGACUAUGGUCUCAUUUUAUAAUAUAAAACGUACGCCUUUUGUACUUCA